AUGAUAUCGAUAUCAUUACGUGCAACCGCACUGGCGUUGCUCUGCGCAUCUACCGCCCUUGCUCAGACCGUCUCACUCUCAGCCUUUAUUCCACGGAUCGACAACCUCCCCUCGGCUUGCAACACUGUCUACUAUUCGGCCAUUUCUGGAUGCGUACCGGGUGACUUUCAGCCUGGCGCAACAUGUAGCGCUUCCUGCGUACGGGGUCUCAACCAGAUCGGAGACAGUGUGAAAAAGAGAUGCGCCGACGUUGACGUGGGCGAGCUGAGUCUCAUUGGUGUCUUCCAGAAUGGACUGGGUAUCGCGAGUCUGUGUCCUGGCGUUACCGUAACGACCAUCAAGUCAGACUCUCCAACGACGAGCACACAGUCGUCUAGGUCAUCCACAAGCACAAGGGCAUCAUCAUCGUCGUCGUCGUCAUCAACAUUAGAGACAAGCUCAGUCAGCUCGACGGUUGAGGCAAGACCGACACCGUCAAGCUCAUCGACCGACACGCAAAGCGAACAAACCACUAGCUCGAUUUCUUCAACAAACGGCCUGGUUCUGGACCCAAAUGCAACGGGAUCGACCCCAACUACAACGGUAGCCGUCCCGCCCGAAGACACAAACGCUCCCGACCCAUCGCUCGCGCCAGGCACGCAGUUGUCCAAUGCUUUUUCAGGCGGCGGAUCACCAUUUGAUGUUGUCGCAACAGGCUCAUCAAGUCACCAAGAUAUAUAUGGUGGUGCCGCAGCAGCUCUCCUAGCGACAGCCUUCCUCCUUAUCAUCUGUGCAUAG